GUUAUGAGCACAGUGUUGCACAGUGUGUCUUGUUAGAUAGUAGGUGCCGGUUGACCUCGUUUGUUUGUGUAGUUACUGGUGAAUGAAAACGACAAAUUAUUUGAAAAUUCAUUAAAGAAAACGUCAAUGACAUGACAUUGUAAUUAAUAAAUAAAUAUUAAUUAAAUAAAUAAAUUAAACAAUGGGAGUCUUGCAUGCAAAGGAACCAAAUAUACCCAAAGAUUAUGGAAUGUCACCUGAAACAUAUCCUUCGAAUCCAGUACAACCCGAAGUACCUCCACGUCCAGAUGUACAUGAUAAUUCUGGUCCAGCAGCUGUUGUCCGUACCAUCGAUUUGCAUCAAAGGAUUCGGGUAGACAAAGUUCAUAUCGACGGUCUUGUGAGAACGAAAGAUGACAUUGUUAAAGCUCAAGUGAUGGAUUUGUUCAAAGCUAAAGAUUUUCGACAGGUUGUUGAUCAUGCUCAAACAGUUAGAAAUAAGUUGGAGUCUAUAGGUUGUUUUAAUAAAAUUGGAGUCAGUAUUGAUACGAGUAAGGGUCCAAAUGCAAGUCCAGACGGAGUUGAGGUAACAUUCAAUGUCAAAGAACUGAAUCGUUUAAGUGGUGGAAUAAGUACAAUGAUUGGUAACAAUGAAGGCUCAGUUCUAAUCCAAGGAAAAGCUCCAAAUAUCUUCGGCCGUGGUGAGCGCUUACAAGCUGAGUAUUCCUACGGAUCAAGAAGUACAUCGAAUAUUAAUAUAUCAGCAGUAAAACCAUUUGUCGACAAUUGGCUGCAUACAAUACUUACAACAAGUGUAUUCAGUACAGCUACCGAUGUACCCUGGUCAGGUUACAAAGAAAAAGACAAUGGUAUCUUAAUUGACGUAGCUAUUGCACCGGGAGCUCUCAAGCAUAAUUUCCAAUAUGAGGCAACUUAUCGGAACAUAAUUGCUACCAAGGACGCUACAUUUCGAGUCCGUGAACAGUGUGGUCCGAGUCUUAAGUCAUCUUUGAGGCAUAUCUGUUCGAUUGACAAGAGAGACGAUACGAUAUUUCCUACUGGUGGGAGUCAUGUUUCAUUUUCCACCGAAUUGGCCGGUCUGGGUGGUGAUACGGGAUUCAUGAAGUAUGAAUUUAUGCUACAAAGUAACUGGACACCGUUUGAAUUUUUGACAUUUCAACUUGGAGCACAAGCUGGAUUCUUGCGGGAAAUAAGUAAUGAUUUGCAAGUAAAUAUUUCUGAUUUAUUUUUCUUGGGUGGUCCAAUGAAUAUUCGUGGCUUUCCACGUCGGGGUUUGGGGCCUCACUGUGACAACUAUGCAAUGGGAGGCAAUACAUUCUGGGCUUUAGCACUUCAUCUUUAUACACCGCUGCCUUUUAGACCGGGUAGAAAUAGUUUUGGUGAUUUAUUCAGGCUACAUGGCUUUAUCAACGGUGGUAAUUUAGGAAAUGUUAGUUUUCAAAAAGAUGGCGAUUAUUCCGACUACUCAAAAAUAUUCACAGAAAACGUGCGAUGGUCAGCCGGCGCAGGGAUAGCGAUGAAGCUUGGUGGUAUAGCAAGAAUCGAAUUAAAUCUCGUAAUGCCUUUAAUGAUGGGUAGACAUGACAUGUUCCAACAGUAUCAAUUCGGAAUCGGUGUUCAAUAUUUAUAAUGAAAAUAGAUAAUUUUAAAUGUCUAAAAAAAAACAUCACAAACAUUGCAGCUUAACGAAUACUUAAUACCAAAUAGGUAUGAUGACACCUAAGUACGAUGAACUCCCUUACCAGAUAGUGCAUGAUUGUAAAAUUGUAAAUUAAAUAUUUAAUUUCAUCAUUAUUCUACCCUCCAGAUAAUCAAAUGUCUGUAUAGUACUUUGAAUAAAAAGACAAAAUUAUAAAUUUA